ACGGAGCAACAAGGGAAUCAACGAAGAAUCAACGAAACAAACACACAACCCAUGACACAUAACAAAAAACCACAACAAGUGGAACACCACACGGAUACCAACGCCACAACCAUUAAAUCUUUGCACAGACUACCGAUAGUAUGGUGCCAACUAAUAACCUCCGAAUCGCCCAGCUGCUCCUGACUCUGUGUCUGUUUUGCAGGGUCGGCGCCGUCAUCGUCAUCACCUACAAGGAGGAACAGUGCAUGGAAAAGACGGGCAAGUUCUUCGAGACCGCCGGCAAGGAACUCCAGGAGAUGCGCCACGAAUUUGCGGCAUCGCUGAGCAUGGGCAUGACCUCGAAGGACACGAUGUCGGCCUCGUACCCGGCCGAGAUGCUCAAGGACUACGACUCGCUCUGCUCCAAGUACGGCGGCAAGCUCCAUUCGAUCAAGAUCGAUUUCUUUGACUGCUACCUCUUGAGUGGCACCCCGGAGGACGACGUCGAGCUCACCCUCAAGUACUUUGCCAACUGCAUGGCAGACGUCGAAGAGUGCGAGGGGUUCAACCAGGAGCACAUCAUACAGGAGGCCUGGAAGGAGAUGGGCCUCAAGUGCGAGCUGGAAGCGGAGGAAACCAAAAAGGACAGCGACAAGAACAAGAAAAAGCCGGUGGACAACGAUCCAACGGCCAAGAAGGAAAAGGAGGCCGCCGCCAAGGGGGCCAACGAAGCCGAGCGGGAGGAAGAGAAAAACGAGUACGUCCCAAAGGAGGAGGGAGACAAGAACGGGAACCGGAAGAAGAAGGGCGGCUUUCUCGGCUCCUUUUUCAAGUUUCUCCUGGCGAUGGGCGUCUGCUGGGCUUGCUACGUCGUGUUCGAUCGCAAGCGGAGGGGAUACCCGAUCGAGAUUCCCUUUUUCGGGGGGAGCGCUCCCAGUCGGUUCCAGCGGCGGCCACAGACCGGAUUCGUUUCCGACUACAACCUCCUAUCGGGAGAAGAAUCCGAGCUGCAGUUUUCCUCCAACCUGGCCUAGGCCGUUUUCGAUUCGAUUCGAGAGAAAAACAACCGGGCGUCGCGGAAAACAACCGUCACGCAUGGCACGGCACCCAAACAAAGAAAAAUCACGCUCGUAUCUCACCGCACCCAACUCGACCUUGCGAUUGUCUUGUGGCUGGGUGCAUCCUGCCGUGGCGUGCUGAGGCGUUGUGUAAUACUAUAGAGAUUC